AUGUUCGGCGAAGGCAAGCUCAUCUCCACCGCCUUUGACGGCACCAUUCGGUUAUGGGACAGGAACCCGCCCAACGUGCUGUUCCAGCACAACGGCAUCGCGCGGAUCGCCUACUUCAAGGGCGAGGACCGCGGCGGUCCGCUGGACAUGGACCUCUCGGCCGACGCCGACGACGCCGACGACGACGGCGCCUACGCCUUUGCGCCGCCCUCCAGCUCCGCGUCGCGCCUCGUCAUCUCCCUGACCAACGGCUACAUCGAGCUGAUGAACACGGAUGUGACGGAGUUGUGCGACUUCUUGGACGGCGGGGCGAUGACCGAGUCGAUCGGCUCGCCCUCGCUCUCGGACAUGUCGGAUGACGUUGACUACGAUGAUGACGACGCCAGCGAUAGUGACAGUGACAGCAACAUGCAGUCGUCGCCGGCGCCCGCCUCGCCCUCGCCCUCGCCCUUCGGCUUCCCCUCCCCGUCGCCCGCCGUCUCCGUCCCCCUCUCCUCCUCGCCUAUCCCCUUCGCGCCCAUCUCCUACUCCCCCUCGCCCUCCUCCCCGCACCGUCGGGGCCGGGGCCGGAGCCAGGGCCUCGAUCUGCCGGAGCUCGUCUCCGACACGCCGCCGCCGUCGCCCACCACCACCAGCACUACGACCACAACCACUUCGUCGGGGUCGGGGUCGGGGUCGGGGUCGGCGUCUCCGCUGCCCCGCGCCUUCCUACGAAAGACCAACCGCGUGGAGAUCCUGUGGGAGGUAUGGGCCGCCGCUCUCUCGGGCACUGUGAAGGCGGCGUUUGUUGACAGACAGGUCCCCGACCAGUUGGGCUAUUCGACGUCGCUGCAGACGUCCCCGUGCGGACGCUACCUCCUCACCAGGCGUCAUAUGACCCGAGACGGGAGCGAGAUCUGCUGCGUGUUCGACAUGGACCAAGAGGCCACCCUCAUCGAAAAGCUGCGGAGGGAGGGCACGUCGGCCCUCACGCCCGAGGAGGAGGCCGUCCUCUACACACCGCGCGGCCUGGCCCGCGUCUUCCCCAAUCGCCUGGUGCACCUCAUCCCGGACUCGAGCUCGGGCAUGGGGUACAUCAAGGAGCCCUGCUUCUCUUCGCACGACCCCUACUUCAUCUGCUCCCCCUACUACAAAGGGCUGCGGCUGUUCCGAUUGGAGGAGCUUAGGGGCAACACGCAGAGGAACCGGACCCUGCCGGUGCUGCGCCACCCGUCAUCCCUGCGUCCACGACGCGGCUGGGCGCUCCUCAACACCCACCAUGCCCCGAUGAUGGCCUCGGGCGGGCUCGACGGGAAGGUGGUCUUCUACCUGGGCGGACAGGACCUCCACCCGAGCGUGCCCAUGCGGACCUGA